UCUAGAGGAGACAAGGCACGAUUCCUCACUGCUCCCGAGCCACACAAUGGGAAGACUGGAGAUCCUGGAGAGCUCAGUGGCAUAAAGAAUGGUGGACGCACUUAGAAGCAGCACCAUGUUGGAACAGACCCCCACUUUGGUGCCCACCUGCACCACUGAAUCCAGUGGCACCCAACUAAGGACUUCUCUGGAGAUAGUUGACAUUGUGGUGCUGGUUUUGUACUUCUUAUUUGUCCUGGCAGUUGGAUUUUGGUCCAUGUGCAGGACAAAACGCAGUACGGUGGAUGGCUACUUCCUAGCAGGAAAGAACAUGGUCUGGUGGCCGGUUGGAGCAUCCCUCUUUGCUAGUAAUGUGGGUAGCGGGCACUUUGUUGGACUUGCUGGCUCCGGAGCAGCUUCAGGGAUAGCAGUCACUGCCUAUGAAUGGAAUGGGAUGUUCAUCGUGCUGCUGUUGGCGUGGCUAUUCCUCCCUAUCUAUGUGGCAUCUGGGGUGACAACGAUGCCUGAAUACCUGCAAAGGAGAUUUGGUGGCAGCAGAAUCCAGAUUCUCCUUGCUAUCCUCUACUUGUUUAUUUACAUAUUCACUAAAAUAUCGGUUGACAUCUAUGCUGGAGCCAUGUUCAUCCAGCAGGCCUUACAAUGGGACCUCUACCUGGCCAUCGUGGGUCUGCUGGCCAUCACGGCGGUCUACACAGUUGCAGGAGGCCUAGCGGCUGUUAUCUACACUGAUGCUCUGCAAACCGUCUUCAUGCUACUUGGAGGUCUCAUCCUGAUGGGUUUUAGUUUUGCCCAGGUUGGUGGCUUUGAUGAGCUUCAGGAGAAAUAUCACCUUGCCAUUCCCACAGUCCGAGAUGUGAAUACUAGCUGCGGAUUGCCACGUGAGGACGCUUUCCAUAUUUUCCGAGACCCUGUCACCUCAGACCUACCCUGGCCCGGAGUCCUUGUGGGAAUGACCAUUCCAUCCAUUUGGUACUGGUGCACUGACCAGGUCAUUGUGCAGAGGUCUUUGGCAGCCAAGAAUCUGCUGCAUGCCAAGGGGGGGUCUCUGCUGGCCUCGUACCUCAAGGUGCUGCCAUUCUUCAUGAUGGUUCUCCCUGGCAUGAUCAGCCGCAUCCUGUUCACAGAGGAGGUGGCCUGCGCUGAGCCAGAUGUCUGCAAGUCAGUGUGUGGAAAUGAGCUGGGCUGCUCUGACAUUGCAUACCCCAUGUUGGUUAUGAAGCUCUUGCCUGCAGGUCUUCGGGGCCUCAUGAUGUCCGUCAUGAUUGCAGCCCUCAUGUCCUCGCUGACCUCCAUCUUUAACAGCUCGGCCACUAUCUUUACCAUGGACGUGUGGCGCUUCUGCCGACCUCGCAGCUCGGAGUGGGAGCUCAUGAUAGUGGGCAGGGUGUUCGUGUUGGUACUAGUGGUCAUCUCAGUGCUCUGGAUCCCACUAGUCAAAGCCAGCCAAGGAGGACAGCUCUUCAUCUACAUCCAGUCCAUCAGCUCAUACCUGCAGCCACCAGUUGCCAUUGUCUUUAUAGCGGGGUGCUUCUGGAAGAGAACUAACGAGAGGGGUGCAUUUUGUGCACUGGUACUUGGCUUGCUGGCAGGAUGUGUGCGGAUGGUGCUGGACAUGGUGUACCCCGCUCCUCAGUGCCAUGAAGAAGACUCCCGGCCAGCCAUCGUGAGGAAUGUCCACUACCUCUACUUCUCUGUCAUUGUCUCUGCCUUCACACUGGUCGUGGUUCUGGUGAUCAGCUUGACCUCUGAGCCGCCUUCCCAACAACAAAUGAGUCGUUUAACCUGGUUCACACGCUUUGACAAGCCACCUCAGGGCCAUGUGGAAAAUGAAUCAGUUGGAGAGGAUGGAGAAGCAGACGUUCCUGGGGAUGGAAAAGAUGGAGGCAGUGGUGGCACAGUGUCAGAAUCAAGUUGGAAUCAGAAGCUGAAGGCUGCCUUCAUGUGGCUGUGUGGUCUGCAACGGCAGGAUGGACACAAAGCCCCCUGUCCCCCAAAGCCUGCAGUGAACAUUGCUGUGCUAGAAGAGGACCCGCUCAUGAAGCACAUGGUCAACGCCAACCUCCUGGUCUGCAUGAGCCUGGCUGUCUUCCUGUGGGCAUAUUUCGCUUAGCGAGGGGGCUCCUGAACAAAUGGCCAUUUGCUUUGUGUUAAAUUAAAACAAAUAAAAACAAUGACCAGCUUCCUGAGGCACCAACACAUGUCCGCUGAUGUUUGUGGU